UGUCCCUGCGGGCCCGCCAUGCUCCGCCUGGGCACCGCGCUCCUGGCCCGCCUGGCCCGGCCCCGCGCCCCGCUGCGGCGGUGCGGGGCGGCGGCGGGCGGCGGCGAGGAGCAGGAGCGCUUCGUCUUCCUCGAGUACGAGCCGGAGCCGGCUGAGAGAGCGGCGGCGGCGGCGGCGCUGCGCCGGCAGCGGGAGCUGAAGCCGCGGCGGGAGCGGCGGGCGCGGGGCGCGGCGGCGGCGGCGGCGGCAGUGCCGAGCGCGUCCGACCCGUCGGUGCCGCCGAGCGGCGUGAGCUGCUCGGGCUGCGGGGCCGAGCUGCAGUGCGGGGACGGCGGCGCGCCGGGCUUCGUGCCGGCCGAGAAGUACCGCAGCCUGCUGAGCGAGGGCCCGGCGGGGCUGCGCGGCGCCGUGUGCCAGCGGUGCUGGGCGCUGGCGCACCACGGCAGCGCGCUGCGGCUGCGGCUGCCGCCCGCCGAGCACCGCCGCGUGCUGAGCGCCGCCCUGCGCCGCCCGCCGCGCCACGGCCGCGGGCCGCUGCUGCUCUACGUGCUGGACGUGACCGAGCUGCCCGACCCCGUGCUGCCGCAGCUGCCCGCGCUGCUGGGCCCCGACGUGCCCGCCGCGGGCGUGCUGGUGGUGGGCAACAAGGUGGACCUGCUGCCCGCAGACUGCCGCGGGCACCUGGGGCGGCUGCGGCAGCGGGUGGCGGCGGCCUGCGCCCGGGCCGGGCUGCGGGGAGCCGCGCUGGUGGACAUCCGCCUGGUGAGCGCCAAGACCGGCUACGGCGUGGAGGGGCUGGUCAGCCGGCUGCAGCGCUCCUGGAAGUCUGCCGGCGACGUCUACCUGCUGGGCGCCACCAACUCCGGCAAGUCCACGCUCUUCAACACCCUGCUGCGCUCCGACUACUGCAAGUCCCGCGCCCCCGACAUCGUCGACAGGGCCACCGUGUCCCCGUGGCCAGGAACAACUUUGAACCUGUUGAAAUUUCCAAUUAUUAACCCUACGUGUGACAGGAUAUUCCGAAGGCAGGAGAGACUAAAAGAAGAGGCAACAAAAACAGAAGAUCAACUAAGCACUGAAGAAAAAAAGUAUCUUAAUCAACUUAAAAAGCAAGGUUACCUAGUGGGAAGAGUUGGAAGAACAUUUCAACAGCAGGAUUCUAGCACUGAGAUUGACUUUGACCCUGACCUGCUCUCCUACAGCAUGGAUGAAGAUCCUAGAGAUCCCCCUAAGAAGCAUGAGGAAAGGGAGGAGUUCACUCACAAUGAAGUGAAGGAUGCUCGGUGGUGUUUUGACACUCCAGGAAUUGUAAAGGAAGACUGUGUUUUGAAUCUCCUAACAGAGAAGGAAGUAAAGCUGGUUUUGCCAUCACAUGCAAUUGUUCCACGGACCUUCAUUCUCAAGCCAGGAAUGGUCUUGUUUUUAGCAGCCUUGGGACGUAUAGACUACUUAGAGGGAGAAAAGCCUGCUUGGUUUUCUGUCUUGGCUUCCAAUCUCUUGCCAGUCCAUGUUACUACACUGAGUAAUGCAGAUGCCCUCUAUGAGAAGCACGCAGGCCAAGAGUUCCUAAAGGUUCCCAUGGGUGGGGAAGAGAGAAUGAAAGAGUUCCCCCCACUUGUCCCUCAGGACAUUACAUUGAAAGGAAUUGGUACCACUGAGGCAGUUGCAGAUAUCAAGCUUUCCUCUGCAGGCUGGGUGGCUGUGACAGCUCAUGCAGAAGAGGAGUUGCUGCUCCGAGCCUACGCUCCCAAGGGCACUGCCCUGGUGGUGAGGGAGCCUCCCCUUUUGCCUUACAUCAGUGCCAUCAGAGGGGCCAGGAUCCCAGGCACUCCUGCCUACAGGACCAAAAAGCCUCCUUCCUUUGUGGAGAACCUGAGAGCCACAGGAAGCAGAUAGUGCUUCUCAUCAUCUGAGCAAGGCAGAAGGCAGCAGCCCACGGAGAGCCUUGUGGCUUACUGGUAUUCAGAGAAUGUUGGACUCAUUUUGAAAGGCCAGCAGGUACAUUCUGGAAAGCAGGUCUGGGGAGCAGCACCACAAGUCCACAUCUGAUCCAGCUGCUGAACUGCAGCCUUUUGAAUGAACUGAGGGGCUGGGACCUUGCUUUUGGGGGGGGAAACAGCUUCUCCCUGGGAUCUGCAUUGACAGGCAGAUCCCUUUACCUAUCCCCUCAUGAAAUACAGGGUGGAAACUCACCUGCCUGACCUGGUCUGACUUUGCUGCUCAUAGAAAAGGUGGUUUCUUGCAGGCAUGCUCCCUCAUGUCAGAAAUCAUCACCUUGUUAUUAAGGUGUUUCCAUAGAUAGGUUUUGGAGGGAGUUGCAAGGAACAGGGAAUGCCCCAGUGUGGGUAUGGCCCUCCUAGUGGCUGAUACUGAUUCAACAACAUCGACCAAAAGUUGUGUCCUUUCUCUCCUUCAGCAUCAGGAGCAGAUUACAGUGUGCAGUAUCCUGUUUUUGGAUGCAGGAAAACUGAUUUAAUGAAAAGCAAGUCUGCUCAUGUGCCUGAAGUGGAAAGUUUUGCAAUUCACUGCUUUGAUUUGGUUUCUGUAGCUUGGGUACAGGUUUUUGAAACCAAGGGUAUAGAAUAAAACUUUUCAAAGACACUUUUUUGUUGACCUUGUUAACAAAGCACUCCUUGUGUGGGCAUAAGCAUCUUACUAAACACAUGAAAGGUCCAGUGCAAUAAUAAACAUGCUCAAUCUGCCAGACAGGCAGACUGAGAGACACAUGGCCAGCCAGUCUGCUGAAAAAGAGGCAAAACAAAGAGUAUCGUCUUAUCUCCUUAACCAUUUCACUGAUGUUUUUCUCCUCAGUCUGUUGGUCCCCAGAAGUGGCUCUGCUGUCCUUGGGUCCUUGGCUGUUGUACUGAAGAAGCCUGGGUGAUCAGCAGAAAUCAUUGGCUCGUUCAGCAUCCUCUUCUCAGCAUUGAUGCCUUUGGGAUGUAUUGACAUUCCUUUGCCCUGCACUUUGUUUCCCCCCAUUUUCAGCCCAGACCCACUAUGUGGGUCUGUUCAGCCCCUGCUUACUUAGGGCUGCUCUCAUCCCCCAUGUAAGGCUGCCAGGAUCUCCUGUGGAGCUGCUUUCCAUGCUCUGCCACUUCCUUCCCCUCUUCCUUGCCCUGCACUGCUGCCUCCAUCCCUGCUUCCCACGCUGGGAUCUGGUGAGAUGGGGUGGGCCAAGUGGGGCCAUAGUGGGUGUGAGAAGCACUGGGUGUGUGGGGUUUGAAGUUUGGCACUGCCUUGAGGGAAUUCCCUGCCCUUACUGGCAGCUGCCCAGUUCACCCUGUGUAGAAAAUCAGUUGUUCUUUGUGAAGGUCAAUGUGCUUCCAGUGAACACAGGGAAUGUGGUUCAUGUGUAUUCAGUCUGUGUCUAGACUAGAGUUCCUCCUGUACAUUAAACAAAAUAUGUGCACCCUCA